AAUUAUUUAAACCGGAUAUUACUAUUUCACAAGUUAUCACUGUUAUGAAAAAACAUAUUGGAUCUGAAAACGUUUAUAACCUUGAAUUGACCAUAACUUGUAGUUUGAAUCUAAUUAAACAACGUGAUCUUGAUUAGGAAUAUAAAUAGAUAGCUGCAUUAAAUAAGAAGACCGAAGAUGGCAGGAGCAAUGAGAUGUCAUUAUGAAGUGCUGGGUGUAGAGAGAAGUGCCACUGGGGAUGAAAUGAAGAAAGCCUACAGAAAACUGGCUCUUAAGUGGCACCCAGAUAAAAACCCUGACAAUAUAGAAGAAUGUACAAGGCAGUUCCGUGCUGUGCAGCAAUCCUACGAAGUUCUGAGUGAUCCCCAAGAAAGGGCGUGGUAUGACAAACACCGAGAACAGAUCCUACGAGGGGGAAUGGGACAUGGGGAUAAAUAUGAAGACAGCAGUCUGGAUGUUUUCCAGUAUUUCAACAGCUCAUGUUACUGCGGCUACUCGGAUGAUGAUCAGGGUUUCUAUGCUGUGUACAAGGUGGUGUUCGAGCUUCUCGCGGAGGAAGAUUACGAGUUCCUGGAUGACAAGGAGAGCGACCAGGAAAUUCCGGGAUUUGGGAGAAGUGACAGUCCUUAUGAGACGGUUGUGAAGCCAUUUUAUGAUUAUUGGGAAAACUAUUUCACAGCAAAGUCCUAUGUUUGGGUGGAAAAAUAUGAUACUCGAGAGGCUCCUGAUCGGAGAGUCCGCAGAAUCAUGGAGGCUGAAAACAAAAAACUACGAGACGCUGCUCGGAAAGAACGGAAUGAGGAAGUCAGGGCUUUGGUUCGAUUUGUAAAGAAGCGUGAUCGCCGAGUUCAGGCUUAUAGGAAAAAAAUGGAAGAAAGAAAUGAAGAAAUAGCUCAGAAAGCAAAAGAGAAGAGGGAACAGCAUCUAAAGGAAAGACAAAGACAAGUAGAGAACUUCCAGGAGACGGAAUGGUCAGCCAUGACGGCGCUAGAAGAAGAUCUGCUUAGAUUAGAAACAGAACUUGGAGACCAAUUUGGAGAUCCUACCCCUCAGGAUGUAGAGGAUGAAGAAGAUGAUGAUUACAUAGAUGAACUUUUCUGUGUGGCGUGUAACAAAGCUUUUAAAAGUGAAAGGGCAUUUGUGAACCACGAGAAGUCAAAAAAACACAAAGAGAAUGUCGCUGCUCUACAGGAAGACAUGAGGAGAGAGGACGAGGAUCUAGUAGGAGUGGAUCCAGAGUUAUGUGGGGAGGAGGAUACAUCAGGUGUGGAUCCAACAAUUUGUGGGAGGAUGGAGCAGGAAGAAAAUGACCUUGAAGAGUCCCCAUCCAAACAAAAAUUAUCGAAGAAACAGAAGAAAAAGAAAAGGCAGCAGAAUUUAAUGCCUCAGGAUGUAGAAGAUUUAUCUGAUGUUGUAAAUGGUUUAGAUCUAACAGAUGAACCAGUUAAACAAAGUACAAAAUCAAAGAAAGAAAGGAGGAAAGAAAAGGAAUCAAGACUUAAAGAUCAGAAGAUAGAAAAUUCUACAAAUGUAGAAAAGGAAGAAAGUGAUAAUGUUUCAAACAAGGAUUUGGAUAUUGAUUCCACAACAGAACGACUUUCGGGAAAUGGACAGGAAACAGCUUCUACCUGUGAACCAGUCGUAAACGAAGACACCUCAAAGAGAAAAGACAAGAACGCGCAGCCUGAUCAGGAAAUGAAAUGUAAUGUCUGCCAGGAAGUGUUUCCAACCCGUAACAAACUGUUUACACAUAUCAAAGAACUAGGUCAUGCUCUCAGGGUGGAACAACUUUCAGCAUCGAGUCAAGGAAAGAAAAAGAAAAACAAGAAAUGACCAAAAUAUUGUUUAAUUCAACAUUAUUUGUAUGGACAUCAAUAGUUGUGAAUUACCAAUUUGCUGUUUUGAUAAUGAAUCUAAAAUAAAGAAAAAUACAAUUCAAA